AUGAACAACAACAACAGCGACAAUUACGCACAGGACUCCAGCAGAGUGCAUCAUGAUGCUGUCCACAAGACGCGCUCGGACACCCAGCGUCGCCGGAAGCGGACAACUUUCAGCAAGGCUCAGCUGAGCGAGCUGGAGCGGGCCUUCUCUGUCACACAGUACCCGGACAUUAAAAUGAAGGAGUCUCUGGCUUCUAUCACUGGGCUACCGGAGUCUAAAAUUCAGGUCUGGUUCCAAAAUCGACGCGCGCGCUAUUUCAAGAGCAAGAAACCAACUAAAGAGUUCCCAAAGCCCUCCACAGACUACCUUCAUCAGUUCUACACCCAAUCUCCCAGUCCAACGUUCCCACAGUUGGUUCCUUGUUUCCUUCCUACUCCCAGCCUACCGUCCCCGCCAGGCUACCCUGCUCCAGGUCUACCUCAGUCCACCAGGCUCUCCACCAUACUGGACAGUCGGGCACCUACAUCCCCUGUCGCCGCCGACCAAGCUCCAUGCUGCUCCCCGCAUGGACCGGGUCUCCUAGGAGUUCCUCAAGACCACUACUACCAAACCCCAGACUUUACUGAUUACUGCCAUGGUAUGUUCCCGCAGGGUGGGCACUGUGAAUGGGAUUUGACGGAGGACUUUGAGGCUUUCCUCGGACAUGCACAGGGAUCCCAGCCUGAGGGUAGCCGCUGCGGUGCAGUCGGACAUCCUGGACCCAAGGAGAGCGUCCAGACUCAGCUGGACCCCCAGAGCUUCUACAGCACUAACGAGUCUAUGGACAACCUGUCCGAGCUCUGCUUUCAGCAGCUGGGCGACUUCAAUGUGUCGGAUUUGGAUAUUUCUGCAGCUAUGAUUGAUUAUCUUUUGGGUUGACUGACAUUUUGGAAGAAAGUUACAUAGCUUAUAGACCACAUUGUAAAUAGGCUUAGCUAUACUAUAGUAUUUA